CAAACACCAUCCUAAUCACAACAUUUUUAAAAAUCCAUUUGCCUUAUAUUUUUUCCCCGGUGUAAGCCUUCGCAUAUUCCACCAAUCCAAUUCUUUUGGUACGACGCAUUUUCAGAGGAGAGAGAAAAGUUGACAUUACAAUGCCGGAAUCAACGACCGCCAUUGAUUAUGUAAUGGAGAAAGCUUCAGGUCCUCACUUCUCUGGCCUUCGUCUCUCUCCUUCUUCUACUUCUUCACCUCGCGCUUCUGCUUCUGCUUCUGCUUCUGCUUCUUCUCCUUCUGCUUCCUUGUUCGCCGAUUCCGAUCUUUCUAAUCAACCCUUUGUUAUCGGAGUUUCUGGAGGUACGGCUUCGGGGAAGACGACGGUAUGUGAUAUGAUAAUUCAACAACUUCAUGAUCAUCGUGUUGUGCUUGUUAAUCAGGAUUCAUUUUAUCGGGGAUUGAAUGCUGAGGAAUUGCAAUGUGUUCAUGAGUAUAACUUUGAUCAUCCUGAUGCUUUUGACACCGAGCAGCUUCUUGAUUGUGUUGAGAAGCUUCAAUCAGGAAAACCUGUGCAAGUUCCGAUUUACGAUUUCAAGACACAUCAGAGACGCACAGAUACUUUUAGGCAGGUGAAUGCAUCUGAUGUUAUCAUCUUGGAAGGUAUUUUGGUAUUUCAUGAUUCACGUGUCAGGAACUUAAUGAACAUGAAGAUAUUCGUGGAUACAGAUGCUGAUGUGAGGCUUGCACGUAGAAUCAGGCGUGACACAGUUGAGAGGGGUAGGGACAUAAAUUCUGUUCUUGAGCAGUAUGCAAAGUUUGUCAAGCCUGCUUUUGAUGAUUUCGUUCUGCCAUCAAAGAAAUAUGCCGAUGUUAUCAUUCCAAGAGGAGGUGAUAAUCAUGUUGCAAUUGAUUUAAUUGUGCAGCACAUUAGCACAAAGCUUGGUCAGCAUGAUCUGUGCAAAAUAUAUCCCAAUGUCUAUGUCAUUCAAUCAACUUUCCAGAUUCGGGGCAUGCAUACGCUCAUUCGAGACCAAGAAAUAUCAAAGCAUGAUUUUGUUUUCUAUUCAGAUCGGCUAAUUCGUCUGGUAGUGGAGCAUGGUCUUGGCCACUUGCCAUUCACUGAGAAGCAAGUAAUGACUCCUACAGGGUCAGUGUAUACUGGAGUGGAUUUUUGCAAAAAAUUGUGUGGGGUAUCUAUUGUUAGAAGUGGUGAAAGCAUGGAAAAUGCAUUACGUGCAUGUUGCAAGGGAAUAAAGAUUGGGAAGAUACUUAUACAUCGAGAUGGAGACGAUGGGCAGCAGCUUAUAUAUGAGAAACUCCCAAAGGAUAUAUCAGAACGGCAUGUUUUGCUUUUAGAUCCUGUCCUUGCUACAGGUAAUUCUGCUUGCCAAGCAAUUGAGUUGCUUAUACAGAAGGGAGUUCCUGAAGCCCAUAUUAUUUUCCUGAACCUCAUUUCAGCACCUGAAGGUGUCCAUUGUGUUUGCAAGCGGUACCCAUCCUUGAAGAUUGUCACUUCAGAGAUUGAUGUUGCAUUGAAUGAAGAAUAUCGUGUCAUACCUGGCUUGGGAGAAUUUGGGGAUCGUUAUUUUGGUACUGAUGAUUAAAGAUGCAGGUCUACGGAAGUUUAUUAGCUGAUACACAAUUGCUGAUUGAACUCUAUUGAGAUUUUAGGAUAUAUUUUGAUGUACAAAUGUGUUUGGAUAUGCUAGUAAAUACUUAAAUGGCAUUCCGAACGUAACUCUUACCAUGUAACCAAAUGGUUGAUGCUGCCAAAUGGUUGAUGCUGCUUUCUUAUUGAAGUGCUGGGGUUUCUCGUUGA